AGAGGACAACUUGAUGAAUCCUUAAAAUCAUAAAAGUGUAUUUCAUUCGUUCUCUUUUCACCACCACCAUCAUCUCUACUCUCUCUUUUCAUUUUCUGCAACCGCAACUCAACUCAAAUACACUCACAAGAAUGCAAGGAAGAUUUUCAUCCGUUUUGGGUUUGGUAAGCCUUAUGGGCUUCUUGAGCGCCUCUUUGGUUUCUGCUGCUACGAUUGAUACGCCAAUGACCGUUGUUGAAUGUCAGCCAAUUUCGAUCAGUUGGCACAAUGCUGAUCCUUCAGGUCCAGUUUACAUCUCUUUGGUUGAAGGAAAAGAUACAUCCGGAACUCCACUCAUUCAGUUCCAACCUCAACCUGGUAGCGCAGAAGGUACGCUCGUAUGGCCAAAAGUGAACGUUACUGCCGGCACACAGUUUACCUUGAUCGUCAACGAUGCUACUGGUAAACCAAAUUUCAGUGGUCAAGCGGUUGUGCAACACGGACCUGAAUCAGGUACUUGUGGUGCAAUUGGUUCUGGCACUUCCGGUGGUUCAUCAGGUGGCGCCUCAUCAGGUGGUGCUUCAUCAGGUGCAACAAGCACAGGAACCAGUUCCGGUUCAUCAACACCUGCAUCAUCUUCAUCUUCCUCAACAACUCCUUCAAGCUCAGGUACAAGUUCUUCAGGUUCAACUUCUUCAACAUCGUCAACUGGAUCUUCAUCUUCGGUCCCCAAGACAAGCACUGGCUCAACAAACACAACUUCAUCAUCCAGCAAGCCAGCUUCUGGAACGAAUGGUGCAAACGUCAAUGCAAUUGUUCACCCUGUCAUGAUGGCCUCCUUUGCCAUCGUCUUCGGAUCCGCCUUGGCUGUCAGCGUCCUUUAAAUAUGAGCGUGUUUCUUUUCCUGCUUUCAUGAUUUGU